UCUCUCUCUCAAACACUUUACGGUCAAGACAAAACAGGGCAGUGAGCCGACGACAGACCGUUUGACACUUUGCAUUUCUCAGCAGACGUCGUACUCUUGUACAAACUUGCAAUAACUUACUAAACAAUGGCUGUAAUCCACUGUAGUCCAAAUCUACCCCCCUUUCCAAACCGGACACCAUGGAAGCACCUCUGGAUGUAAGAUUUCAUGGGAAUGCUGCCAUUCUCCAGAACUAAACUGGGAAUUUUUCUUUGUUGGAGAGACAGAUUGUAGGAUGACAACUCAGUAGCCGAGAUUCUAUCGUCAAGAUGAACCCUUCCUCUUUGGACUGGUCCAUUCAGAGCGCCCUGUCGUCUCUUUUCCCUCCGUUUGAGGCUACCGCUCCUACUGUUCUCAGCCAACUCUUUCGCACCAUUGAGGAACGUUACCAUGGAGAUGCACUGCAGUGCCUGCUGAACUUCCUUAUCCCAGCCAAACAUAUCCUAGAGAGCGUGCAGCAAGCUGCCUGUGCUGCAUACUCUGAUGUCCUAUUCCGGUGUGAGGGUUGGCCAUUGUGCCUGAGAGAUCGUGUGGUGAUCCAACUCGCCCCCAUCAACCCUUUACUGCUCCGACCUGGAGAUUUCUACUUGCAGGUGGAACCUUUUGGAGAACAGUCAGCCCGAAUCGUCCUCAAAAGUCUUCUUGUGCAGGAAGACCUUCUGGGGCAGGACAAUCUGGUACUGCAAGCAGGCUCCAGGGUGCUGGAGGGUCCUGCAAUUGAGGGGACGCCCAUCCCGGAAACAUCCUAUCCAUGCAUAUUCACUGAGUCUUGGCUAAGGGAAAUAAAUGAGGGACGUCAGGGAAAACCUCUAUGUCAGUGUGUGCUUUCCUCUGACCAGGGUGUUGUAAAGGUACCUUGGACUGAAGUUGCCAACCCGGAAUUCCUUGACAGGCCCAAAUCUAACAUCUGGCCUGAAACACAGACAAGCACAUUUGCAACUCUCCGUGUGAAAGAUCUUGAAACUGAGAUUCCCGAGAACGAGUCACAGUCACAGGUACCUGUAGACUUCUUACCGCUUGAGAUGGAAACUAAGAUCCUUCCAGCAAAAGAUGGGAUGGCGGUUUCUGUUCAGCCGGUGGAGGGUGGUAGCAGACUGGUGAAGGUUGAUCAAGGACAUCCAAUCAGCAGUUUUGCUGGAAAACCUGUUGGCUGGGUCUCUCCUAAUACCUGGGACAGCAGGCACAACCGAGAGCUGGAAGGAGAAUAUGUGGAUCUGUUGGAGUUUAACAAGGAGAAAGAGACUUUGGUCCUCAACAAAAUAGCAGUCGCUACAAAACCCUUGGGCUUCAAGCUAGUCAGGGCAGCUCAACCUGCCCCAAAAAGCAACGUUAACUUAUAUGAUGAGGACUGUAAUCCCUGCAUGCAAAACAAACAGCCAUCUGAGAUAAUGCAAAGUGAUCCAGAAUCCAAAUGCAGGUAUCGUCAAUCUUAUGUGGCAGCUCUCCGAAACCCAGUGAAUUUUGAGAGAUCAAGUAUGCUGCCUUCUCUAGAUGAAACAAGGAGAGAUGUAGAGGAGCUUGAGCCAAGCUGUGAGGGAUAUGGAGUUGGCCUUAGACUUAAACCUUCGAGUUGUAAAUUUGGCCAGACACCAAACCAAGCAGACAGAAACCCGAUGCAAUCCUUUGAGAACUCAGCCCAACAAAAGCAAAGCCCUAAGAUCUCAACCCAGUCAAGUCAGUGUGUACCUCAUGACUGUAUUUCAAGAGAGAAUGCAGAGUCUCUUGACCAACAUAUGACCCAACAGAUCCCAGCAAGACAACAACACAAGUCAUUCCUCACUGGGCAACAGGAUCUCCAUCAGACUGUACUAGGAACUAAGGCAUUACCAGACAAAAGACAUUACUGUCUGAACAACUCUUUUAGACAAGAUUCAUUUCAGAUGCGGAUUAGCAGCCAGAAGCACGCCAAAACACAACACUUACCCAAAAUGGGACUCAGGGCUUUACCUGACCACAGUGGUCACAGACAAGAUGCUAAUCUAUGUUUGCAGGGUUUCAAUCCAAUUCAGCAUUCACAAAACAAGCUAACACACGCCUCUGAACAAACACCUGCUCUAUUUCAGCCCCAGUGCAGUCAGAUCCUUUUCCAAAAUGAGAACAGGCAUUUGGACUACAAAGUCCUCUGUGAUGACAGACAUUGUGGAAGAGGCCUAGGUUCACCUGUACAGGUGAUCAAAGGUAAAAGCAGGUCUAAAUCCCGCUCAUCCUCUUCAGUCUCGGAAACAACCAGAGAGUGUCUGCAAUCACACAAGCCGACCAACAGAAGCCGCAGUGAUGUCUAUCCAGAGAUCAUCCCCAUGUUGCCUGCUAUCCAGGGAAUUAAACACACAGCUAAUUUGGUGUCCCCAAAAUUAAACAGACGACAAGAAGCAAGAAAGGAAGUCUCCUCAUCUGAACAAGCUGGAACACCAGUUGUUAAUGGAGUAGAGCUCCAGAAAUCACACGCUGAUCAGUCUGAGAAUAGAGUUCAGGAAACUCUCCUUUCCCAGGACCCCACAAUCAAGACCCUUCUCCAGCUAGGCAUCAUCUGUCUACCAGGCAAUCGUGACAGAGCUGGCCGAGCCGUGGUUGAGGUCUAUGGGGGAAGGAAAGGCUGGGCAUCCUCUCAACUCUCUCCUCUGGAGUUUUGUAGACUGCUGCUUUACCUGCACUCCAUUCCCAGGAUGGACGUCAGAGAGCUGGGACUUACUGUAGUGAUUGACAGCAGGAAGUGCCCUCUGCCCUCUGUGUUCUACAAAUCACUGCUCAUGGUUCAGGAGCAGGCCCUUCAUGCAGUGCAUACUAUAUUGAUGCUUGUUGAUAAAGACUCUAAUCCUCGCCCAGAAAAACAUCCUGGUCUACAGAUAGAUAUUGUGACAACACUAAAAGCUCUUCAUAAGACAAUUGAUGGACAGCAGUUGACCUCUGACCUUGGUGGAACCUUCCCUUACCGUCAUGAGGACUGGCUACAGUUUCAUCAGAAACUUUCCCUCUUUCAACUCGACCUUCAGGCAGCAUCUUCAUUACUUCAGACAGCAAUCAGGAGGCUUGAUGUUAAAAAAAUGGACACGGCAAAGGAUGUACAGUCCUGCAUCCAGGAGCAAAGGAGUUCCAUGAAGAUGGUGCUUGAGGACACACGACUGGUCGCCCUCCAAAGAGAGGGUGGGUCUAUUCUCGCUAGGAUGAGGAAGGAGGAGUCUCGAUUUGCUCAGUCUGAAGACUUCAGGGACUCUCUGGAGUCUGUGACGUGUCUGUAUAACCAGGUGGAAGAGGCUGUUCACACGCUAGUGAUGAAAUCCAACCAGUCACUGCGACAUCUAGAACAUGUUCUUCUGUUAAGAGAAACAGAAGACUCACUCAGCACAAUCCAAACAUGGUGUGAUGCAGAGGAACAGUCAUGGCAGAAGGACAAAGACAACACAGAGAAAACCCUGCUGAAAAUAGAGCAGAGACUACAAGACAUUCGAACUGUUCUUAUACAAGCAAAGGAGAAAAAAGAAAAAGGGAUGUUGUUGAUUAAGGAAGUAGAGAGAAAAAUCAAGGGAAUGCAUUAUCCUGAAAUAGAUGUUUUUCGUUGUAACACCACCACUUUCAAAACCAACUUGACUGGGUUUCUCUUGAAAGCCGAGGAACGUAAAUCUGAGCUGGAGGCGUCUAUGGAUCUGUAUCGUUUCUGUGAAGAGGCCUCAUCUCUUGUUAAAGAGUGCAUGGAGUAUUUAGAUCACAUAAAGAACAAAAACUCUCCCACAUGUGCCUGCUUGAGUACAUUGAAGGCUUUUGAGGAGCGUUUCAAAGACUUCUCUCCCCAACACUUCCAGGACAAGAGUAAUGCGCUGCUAGAGAGGCACCCGGAUGGGAUAUGGAUGUGGAAUGCGGUCUGGGCUCAAUGCCGAGACAUCAGACAGAGGCUCACGGAGAUACUGCAUGCCUCUUAUAGAAAUCAAAAGCCUCUGGGAACGCCACAAAAGGAAAGUGCAGCGUCGAGGCAAGAUGAGGCCCACUUGAAAGGUCCGACCCAGAGGGUAAUUAGCACUAGCCUUGGAGAAAAUGAAAGCGACCCCCAAACAAACCCUGUUGGCAGUCAUAUGAAGACUCGAAAUAGUCAUGAUAAUGAGACAGUUAUGCAUUUCCAGCCUCUGAGGAGAGACACAUCAUCAGUGGGCCCACAUUGUGAUCUGAUAAUGACUGGAAACACGGACAAAGAAUCUGCACUGAUUGAACUGCCUGGUCAAUCAGUUCAGCUAAAAGAGGAAGGAAGAAGUCAGCAUUUCCACCAAAGUGACAACAAUGUUUCCACAUUACACUAUGGCCUGAUGAAAAAAUUAAGGAAGUAUCCUCUGAUAUACUCUCACAGCGACAGUGAUCUCAGAAAGUCAGGCCAGGUCAACAAGCAUGACUGCUUUCCACCUUAUAAAGCCCUGGUCCGCUCGCAUAGCGAAGGCUCUGGUUUACGAUCCACUAGUUAUAAUGUUUCUAUGAGCAAAACCAAUGCUGCAAUCAAGGGCAAAGUCCAUGUGCACAAGCAGACAUCUGCAGCUUCCUGUCCAGAGAGUUUCUUGGUCAUUGACUCAGACAGAGGAUCAUGGGAUGAACAGAGCUCUAGACUGUCUCACCAUGACAGCUUCUGUUCUAGCGCUUCUGGACUGAGCCAAAGUGACAUAAAUGAGAAGUUCAGCAGUGACACCAAAUCUGAUGACAGCACCUUGAUUUCACCAGCAACACGCUCAGAUAAUUCAGUCCAAACGCAGGACGCGUCCAUCUGCAGGCCUGUCUAUAUGCUGGAUAACAGCAGUACUGUACUUAAACUCCAGCGCAUCAUGGAGGAGCUGCUUCAAACGGAGAGAGAGUAUGUGAGAGCGUUGGGGUACGUCGUGGAACACUACAUCCCGCAGCUGGAGCGUCCCGACGUGCCUCAGGACCUGCGGGGACAGAGAGGAAGCAUCUUUGGAAACCUGGAGAAGCUGCGAGACUUCCACCAGCAUCACUUUCUUCAAGAGCUGGAGCUGUGUCUGAAGGAACCCUUCUGUGUCGGACGAUGCUUCUUAAAACACAAAGAAAACUUCGGCCUGUACGCAUUAUACAGCAAGAACAAGCCACGCUCUGAGAGGCUGCUCAUUGAUCAUGGGAAGGAGUUUUUUAAGCAGAAACAGCAGCUGUUGGGUGAUAAGAUGGAUCUGUCCUCAUAUCUGCUGAAGCCGGUGCAACGCAUCAGUAAAUACAGCCUGCUGCUGCAGGACAUGCUGCAGGAGUGUGAGUCCGGAGCGCACGUGGCCCGAGAGCGGUUGGAGAUACAGACCGCGCUGGAAAUCAUACAGUUUCAGCUUCGCCAUGGCAACAAUCUGCUCGCCAUGGACGACAUUCAGGACUGUGAUGUGAAUCUGAAGGAACAGGGCCAGCUGAUUCGUCAGGAUGAGUUCUUGUUGACUUUCAGAAAGAAGAAAUGCUACCGUCACAUUUUUCUUUUCCAAGAUCUCAUACUCUUCAGCAAGACACGAAGAACUGAUGUUGGGAAUGACAAAUACAUCUACAAACAAUCCUUCAAGACUUCAGACGUUGGUAUGACCCAUAACUCUGGUGACAGUGGGCUGUGUUUUGAGAUCUGGUUUCGAAGAAGGAAGUCACAGGACACGUACGUACUUCAGGCACAGAGUCGAGAAGUGAAGGAAAACUGGACCAGAGACCUGGAGAGGAUUCUGUGGGAACAAGCUGUUUACAAUAGAGAGAUCCGUAAUGCCGAGAGGGUGUUCAUGGGAAUCGGACAUAAACCCUUCAUGGAUAUCCAGCCCAGUGAGAUGGCCAUCAACGACCGAGCCAUCAACUGUGCUCUGACAGGACGAGGUGGCGUCCCUGUGCUCCGACUGAAUUCUGUUGGCUCGGCCAGCUGUACGUCAUCCUCUGAAAGCCAUUCGUCUCCCUCCUCUGGGUGGGGAUCCCCGUCUCCCGUGGGCCAUCUGAUCGGUCCUAACAGUGGAGAUGUUGUCCAGUACGUACAUGGGACUUCAGGCAUCCUGGAGGAAGAUGAUUUAGACCAUGAGAGUGGAAACCAGAGUGCACUUGUGGAGAGUUCAGAGUCCUCAGGAGAAAGUGUGAGCUGCUUCAGCAGUUCUGGCCACAGCUGCCCAUCUGUGAUUGGUGGAGACUGUGAACACACCAUAUCCCAGGUGCCCACCAUUGGCCUGAAAAAACAGGAAUGCAACAUUAAAACCACUAAUCUACCAGGCCAAACCAGGGACCAGCCAUGCUCUGAAGUUGAAGGGACAAGCAUCAUAGGAAAGUCAACUGAAGUAUAGCCCAUCAUGUAUGUUUAUACUAUAAUCAUGCAUUAUACGUUAUCAUGCAUUAUACCUAUGGAACACUAUCAAUCCUGUGAAACUCUAAAAUAAAGUUUAUUUUUAUUUAUUUAUUUCAGUGCGACUGAGUAACAUUGGUUCAUUCAACUAAUUCUUAAUGGUUAAACCUGCAAAUCUUUGUUUUAUGCUUUGUUUUUUUGUUUCUAAUUAGCUUUGUUGUAGAGGCAAUAAAACACAAACAGAUGUGUAAUCUUUAAAGAAAAGUGCUUUGAUAAAAUAAAUGUCUGGUGGUUCUCAA